AUGGCACCAAAUACUGUAUAUCUUACCACAGGCGCAAAUCGGGGAAUCGGUUUUGGAAUCGUCUCCAUAUCACUUCAACACGCCAACACUACAGUGGUAGUGACAGUCCGCAAUGAAACGACCGAUGUUGCCCCUUUCAAAGCACUUUCAAAAGCCGACAACAGUGACUUAAUCAUCACUUACCUCUCGAUUUCCACCACUUCCACGAGAGAGAUUGAAACUUCUCAUAGAGCAUUUGCUGGAUAUUUGAAGGCUAGGGAUAUUGAAAUGAUCGACGUCCUCGUCGCAAAUGCUGGGAUUGAUACACCGCUUUCAUCUAUCGCAAAUGACUUUUGUGCCAAUACACUUGGGCCGAUUGCCCUCUAUCAAACCGGCCUUCCCUUUCUCAGAGCUUCCACUAUCGCAAAGUUUGUGAUUAUUGGGAGCAUCUUGGGAAGUAUUGGGGCUGUGAUGCCCAGAGCGUCAACACUUUCGUGUGGAGCUAGCAAAGACGCAGUGCACUAUUCUGCCAAAAGGAUACAUGAUGAGGAGGAGAUGAUAGUUUUGACUAUUCACCCCGGGGGGUCCUCAAAAUUGAACUAUUAUAGUAUUGGUGUUCCUGCGCCACCGAUGACCGUGGAACAGAGUGCAGAAGGGGUUCUCACAAAGGUAAGAUGUCUGAGUUUUAGGGGGACUUGCUCACCAACGAUGAAAACUUUGAAAGAGAUCGAUACAGCAACCAAGGAGAUGACUUCAGGAGCCUUUGCGGGCUUCGGUGGAGCGGAAGUGCCUUGGUAG